CUUGAAAAAAAUGGUGUUUUGUUCUUCCAAAGGUUCCUUGGGUGUUAUGUUGUAUUCCUUGGUGAUUUAUUUUCUUGCAUUUCAGUAUUCCUACGUUGAUGCAAACUCAACGCUAGUUGUAAAUGCUGCUACCAAAGCCACUACAAGGCGAAUUCCUGACACCUUUCUUGGAGCAUUUCUCGAGGAGAUUAAUCAUGCUGCUGCCGGGGGACUGUGGGCAGAACUGGUUAGCAACAGAGGCUUUGAAGCUGGAGGCCCAAACAAUACCUUAAAUAUUUAUCCUUGGUCAAUUAUUGGAAAUGAAUCGUUGAUUUCUGUAUCAAUUAACCGUUCAUCUUGCUUUGAGCGUAAUAAAGCUGCAUUACAAAUGGUGGUGCACUGUGGUGGUUACACACCUUGCCCUUCUGGUGGCGUUGGCGUCUCUAACCCUGGUUACUGGGGCAUGAAUAUCGAGCAAGGGAAGAGGUACAAGGUGGUCUAUCAUGUUAAAUCAGAAGGAAAACUUAAUUUUCAACUUUCAUUCACGGGUGUUGAUGUUAACAUAGUGUCAUCAAAUAUCAAGUAUGGUUAUGGAGGUGCAAAAUGGAACAGGGUGGAGAUAAUAGUGGAAGCAAAAGCUACUAAUCAUAUUUCAAGUCUUCAAAUAACCACUACUAUCCAAGGGGUUUAUUUGUUAGACCAGGUGUCAGCGUUGCCAUUGGACACUUACUUGGUUAGUAGAAUAAAAGAAUCACACCUUAUAAAUCAACAAAUGUGGCUAAAGAUGAAAGCCCCAUUACUUUAA